UAACUCGUCCAAGCGACUACGACAUUGCUCGUUUAUACGUCGCUUUUUUUAAAAUCUGGAUCUGCAUAAUUUGGGAAAAAUCAGACUAUGCAGCGGUCGAUCCUUUUGUUGUGUUCUUGCAAAAAUACAGUCGACGUUCACACUGUUGACUUUGCAAGAAGCGCAUCAAAAGCAAAACGAACAGAAGAUUUAGUACCGCAGACGGCCAUAAUAUGUUGUAGCUGAGCCGUCUUUUUCUCGGAAACAAAAUUUUUUCUUCGAGGAGCUUUAUUUUUGUGUGAAAGAAGUCAGAACUUAGGCAGGUCUCGCGCGUUCUACUAUUUGUACUAAACAUCUAAUUACUCAAACGACACAACUACGAAUCUGCUGCACUCGAGGCGUUUGUACACGCUAGUACAGGUACACGAACUAGAUUCUUUACUUUUUUACGCCGCUGGUGCACUAUAAUAUUUAUAUUCUUCAUUUUUUGAAAUUGCGCCUGCCUUGGUAGGCCUGCCUGUUUUGUGAAGACCUGUGGCCGAUAGUUUCAGUUUUGGGGAGGAAAACUACUAUGCAUUCGCCAUAAGCCUCCACAGCAACAAGACCAAUUUGCAGGAUAAGAAAAUUACCAAACUUUUCUUUAGUUGUAACAAGAUCAAAAAUAGAACCGUUGCAUGACUGUGUGAGCUUAACUCUUUGGAAGAGAUUAUACCUUGGUGCAAGUUUUUGAUUUCUUUUGGAUAAUUUGCUGCUGCAUACGUAUACGUAAUAAUUUUUAUGAAGAUUGGAAGGUGCAGCAACAAAUGAGAAACACUAUUCGAGCAGAUGUGUUUGUUUGUAGUUGAAGGUCAUGUGGAACCGUUUGGAAAUUUGUGUUUUCCCUCGCACGAAAUUUGUGUUUUCCCUAUUCGAGCAGAUAUUAUUCCGAACAUUGCAAUAAAAAAUUAGACCUUCCGAGUAAUAUUGAAGUCUUCCUGUGCAACAAAAAGUAAAAAUUGUAUCUGCAAUGUUUAUGAUUCGUGCAGCCUAUCACGCACAAGAAAAAUAUCAAUGCAUCCUCAUUAAAUUUUCACUUUGGAAUAUUGUGUUUAUGUUUUCAUUAUCUUCGAUGGGCUCCGACUCCGGGCCCAUACCGCUCCUAAUAGUUAAAAGCAUCGCUCUGAAGAAUCUGUUUCCUCGAACGGUGCCAGAUUUAUUUAGAAUCGAAGGAGAUGCGAGAAUAAGAUAGACUACAGCUGGCACGCCUUGGAAUUGUAGUCGAACAAAGAAAAAGAAGAUGAAGGUCUAGGAAACCGACCCGCUGCAACUCCAGGACAGCAAGACUAUGGAAAGGGACGGAUGCUGUGCCUGAUUUUUUUCUCUCAACAAAGUAUCUUACCCUUUCCGUAUUUUGCUUCUAUAUGAUGCCUUCAUUAAUCUGCAGAUAAAGUCAAAGUAGCAGCCUCAGCCAUGCUGUUUCAAUGUGAAAUAAAUUUUAAUUUUUGAACUAAAUCACUGUACCCCCCCGCAUUUCCACUUUUUCAUGAUAUACCAGACACACACUACAUCCUUACUUAAUUUCUUUCGUCUUCGUCUUGUUGCCCUUGUUUUUCACCUUGCGUAGCAUGAUGAAAAUGGGAAGGAACUACAGAGCAAGAAUGGCUCACUUUAUUCAAGGGGUCGCAGCUAUGGCGAUCCCUUUCUUGAAGGGGUAGGCCUCGUUGCGGCCAAUUUUCUGAAGGGGUCGCAGUUUCUGUUUCAAAACUGCAUGAUGAAUUUGCAGAUUGACCUACUCUAGCAACAAGCGUUGUAUACCACGCAGGCUGGACGAAUGCGAAUGCGAAUGGAAUAUAAAUUGAGGUCAUCAAAAAAGCGACGACCUCCAAAAAUAAGCGCGAUAUCAGAUGUCCAUGUCCAGCACCAGCUAUGGAGCUGCAACAGCAACUCCUAUCGCGCUGAAAAAAAUGAUCAUACUCAUAAAAGGCCACUUUUCGGCAAAAAUCGAUUUUUUUUUCAUUUUUGAUGCGGCAUCCCCCCCACAGGAACAAUGUGUCUGGUAUAUUUUCGCUGCGACAUAUGGGUGGGGUGGUUAACUAGCUAGAAUGUGGCCGCUUGUUAUGACUAUGAUAGCCAACGGGAGAGAUCUUCGUCAGAGAUACCGGCCGCCACAGAAGACAGGCCAAUCCGUCCCGAUUCGCGUCUGCAAGUGUAGUGGGCGCGAUGCAGACGAGAAGACGCCCGGUGUGUCACAUGUGCAACGCUUGCUCCUUCAGCAUGAUCAUGAGCGUGAUCCUGCUGACUCAACAGCAACACAAAGACCUGGAGUAAUAGAUGGCCACAAAGGCCAGAAGCCCAGGCCCGUCCGCGGCCAGCUCAGCUGCCCCCGCGCCGGCCGAAAAGCCCGGAUGCCGGCGGUGAUCAGGGUGGAGGAAAAAACGGAAAUCAAACAGCGAAAAAAGUGCGCGCACAUGCGCGAAAUUUGUGUUGCGGGAGGGUCAAAAGUGCCUCUUUUUUGAGUAUGAUCAUGCUUUUUGGCCACGAGCUAACGGCGGCCAUGGUCAUACUUCCUGACCUGCCUCAUACCAUCGUGAUAGCGAUAUCAGAUGUCCAUAUCCAGCACCAGCUAUGGAGCUGCAACAGCAACUCCAUAUCGAUAAGUACAACCACGACACCUGUACUGUAGUACAUCAGGAGCGUCGGCCCCCUCCCUCACCGCCGCCUCCUACAUCAGGCCCCAGUCGUAGUCGACGUCCCUAUCCAUGAAAGAAAGGCUCGCUCCUUCUGACGAAUCUACUUCGAGGUGUAUGUAAGAAAGUACCUGGAGGAUCUUGUCCUUGCAGGAAUAGAAUACAUUACAUCGGCUAGCACGACCACUACGACUACGUACGACUUCCAGCAGGGCAUAUUAGAAGAUGCUACUGUAUUAACGAGCAGAAGUUCGUAAACGAUGAAAAUGUACGACAAGAAGACUUCGUCCAGCAACGCAACCGUUGUGUGUGUCGCCGUCAAGGAAGUGUGUGCAGCACUACGACAACAACUUCCGCUCUCAAUUCUAAGAUGCUCUAGCGACCUUGUUUAAAAACAAAAGCAACGACGCGAAUCUACUUUACAUCUAUUGCUAUUCCUAGUUCUACCACAACCACCACCCGAAUACCCUUGUAUGGCCAAAAAAAUAUGAUAACCGAACCUGACACGACAGCAGUAGGAACAGGAAGUGCUUGAUGUUAGUACUACCAGCACUUCUCGUACUACGACUAUUUCUUUUAUCCUCGGGGCCUAGAUUUAUUUCAAAAAAAAAUUUAACGGACUGGAAUUAUGUGGGGAGCUAUGAAGUUGUCAGGAGAUAUGAUUGGAUGUAUUUGUGAGUCCAAGACUGGCGGUGGUCAGCAGCAGCUUAGGUUCCGAUCCGUUUGCUAAAAUAUUACGUUGCGCUAAAGCUACAGAGCUACUCAACACGAGGCGUCGAGUUACUGUCAAAUUCUCUUUCUUUCCGCCUUCAAUUUUUUUUCUAUUUAUCACGCCUUCAAAUAAUCUUAAACAGCGCAAAUAUUAGAUAAACGGUUUAUUUAUUUUUCCACGUCGGCCCUCGCAAGUGAUGACGUAUGGCAGGAACUUGUAUACCUGUUUCCUGGUGUAGGAGGGUAUAUUAACAGUUUUAUUUUCAUUUUCUAGAGAUCAUGAUCGAGUGUGGGGGUCAGCAAUAGAAGACACAACUGGUAGGGAUGAAUCUAGAAAGGAGGCCAGCACCACGACAGGCAAGAAUACUUCGGACAUUCUAGUCUAGAAGUCCUGGCUGUCGACGUGCCGGCCCUAAAAUACUAAUACAGCAUGACGCUAAUAUCACGACUUCGUUCAUGCGAGUCCUCGUUGCUAUCGUAAAAUAUGACCAUCAGAGCUGAGAUGAAAGUACUGAAGCUGGUGUCUCAGUAUUUCUUGUUCUCUCCUUCAGUGGCAAUAAACAUAAAGAAGACACUGCAAUAGUACAGAGGUUUUGUAUCGAAAGCCAAUGAUAGCUGUGCACUGUUAACCUAGAUCGACGAUCAUGAAGAAAGUAGGACCACAGAAUUGAAAGAAGGCGGAGAAAUCAUGAGUUUUUGUAGCGCGUAAAAAAAAUACAAAUUUGAUGUUGUUCUAGUGGCGUUUUACAACCUAGGCUCUGGUUGAAUUGCAAUUCGGUUUUUUAUUAAUUUUUUUGGUAAAGUAUAAGGAUGUUGGGCGACUACAUGAUGCUACGAAGUCAAAGGUAGCUUUCAUUGACUUCGAGGAUAGUACUACAUGGCAUCACGUUCAAAUAACUUAGAGCUUAUCAGCGACCUCUGUGCUUCAAAGCAUAGAACUAGAGCGACUUUUUUUUUUGCCACAGAUCGCGGAGCCAAAAACUCUCUGCACAUUUAUUUUCAAUGGAAGAUCUCUGCACAUUUUCAAUGGGAGUGGUCUGAUUAGGCUAUGGCUUUGCGAUUGAAUAUAAACCCAGGAUUGUUGAUAGCGAUUUUACCGCGCCACGAAUCGUAAGAAUAAUCGCACCUAUGCGAAAAAAAUUUUCACUACCAGUACCACAACUGGUAUUUAACAAAAAAACUAAUUUCCUGCUGAUCAAUAAAUGGAAAUAUGAUGAUGGCAUCAAAACUUGAUCGCUGAUAAUCAUUCAUUUUUCGAAUAGACGCAGCGUUCCCGUGACCGCACACAGCGUUUGCAGGGAGGCGCUGCAGUUUCGCAGAAAUGGAUAAAAAAAAAGGGGAUAUGUUUGAUUUACAAGUUUCACAUAAAGCUAUUUUUCGAUUUAUAGGAUUUCACUAUAGGAUUCGUGAUUGAAGAUUAUUUUGACGAGAAUUGACAAGGCUAUGAUGCUAAAAAUGGUCAUCUUCUAUAAGGCUACACACUAAGACUUCUCGCUGGUACUUUCUGCUAUUUGCAGUUGUUGACCACGGCACGGACUCACUCCUAACGCACCGCACUUCCCAUCAGGAUGGGCAUAUCAAUUUACGAAAAUACAGUGAAGAAGAAAGAUGCAAACGAACAGAAAUAGUUUGGUGUUACUCGCUCAGCCGCAUGGCUGGGGUCCCGAGAGCACCUUCUAUCUUCUGCGCACGACGUACAAACUCUGGAAGCGAAAGAAGAAAAAAAUCCUACAACAAGAAUGGCGGAACUACAGGAGAUGCGGAACUACUUCUUUAGUAGCUGUAGCAAAGCACCGAAGAUAGCGCUGGCGAGGAGCAAAGGUGGAAGCCGCAACAAGUAACUUACCUCAACAAUAGAAGUUGAAACAGGGCGAUGUAUCUCCAUCUCGCUCGUGAACAACGUUACAAACAGGAUCGUCUAGAAUGUGUACUAAUACUUCGAGAACGAAACAGAAAAAUAU